AUGCUAGCAGCAUGCAAUUCAGUUCAUCAGAAGAAAUCAGAACCAGAGCCCAGCUGUGUGUCUAUGAAGAGUGACUGGUCUAUUGAUAAUAUAAUAGAUUUUAAGACUGAAAAUACACAGACUGAUCUCAGUUUAGUCCAUCAGAAAAGAGCAGAUCGUGAGCCCAGCUGUGUAUCUAUGAGGAGUGACGUGUCUAUGAAUCAUCCAGUACAUUUUAAGAGUAGGGAUAAACAAACUGAUCUCAGCCAUGAAGUCCUCAACACGUUUAGAUCAAAUCUGAUGAAGAAGUUUGAGUGUCUGUAUGAGGAAACAGCGAUGCAGGGAAACCCAACACUCCUGAAUGAGAUCUACACAGAGCUGUACAUCACAGAGAGUGAGAGUGGAGAGAUCAGUAAUGAACACGAGGUGAGACAGAUUGAGACACAAUCCAGGAGAGAAGCAACAGAGGACAAACCAAUCAAAUGUAGAGACAUCUUUAGAGCUUUACCUGGACAAGACAAACCCAUCAGAACUGUGCUGACAAAGGGAGUCGCUGGCAUUGGAAAAACAGUCUCUGUGCAGAAGUUCAUCCUGGACUGGGCUGAAGGGAAAGAGAAUCAGGACGUCCAGCUCAUAUUUCCACUUCCUUUCAGAGAGCUCAAUCUGAUGAAGGAAAAAACACUCAGUCUUUCAGAUCUUCUUGAGGUCUUUUUCCCUGAAACAAAAGAAAUGGAAAUAUCCGGUGGCAAAUAUAAAGUGUUGUUCAUCUUUGAUGGUCUUGAUGAGUGUCGUUUGUCUCUAGAUUUUCAGAGUGAUGUGAGGUUGUGUGAUGUAAGUGAAUCAGUCUCAGUGGAUGUGCUCCUGACGAACCUCAUUGUGGGGAAUCUGCUUCCCUCUGCUCUCAUCUGGAUCACCUCCAGACCAGCAGCAGCUGAUCUCGUCCCGUCUGAGUGUGUCCAUCGAGUGACAGAGGUACGAGGCUUCAAUGACCCACAGAAGGAGGAAUACUUCAGGAAGAGAGUCAGUGAUCAGAGUCUGGCUGAGAGGAUCAUCUCACACCUGAAGUCAUCAAGGAGCCUCUUCAUCAUGUGCCACAUCCCAGUGUUCUGCUGGAUCUCAGCCGCUGUUCUGGAGGAGAUGUUGAGUCGAGCAGAGAGUGGAGAGAUUCCCAAGACUCUCACUCAGAUGUACACACACUUCCUGAUCCUUCAGACCAACAUCAAACAUGAGAAGGACUAUGAGAAGAACGUGACAGAUGAAGACAUGAUCCUCAAACUGGGGAAAGUGGCUUUUCAGCAGCUUGUGAAAGGCAAUCUGAUCUUCUAUGAGGAAGACCUGAGAGAGUGUGGCAUUGAUGUGACAGAAGCAUCAGUGUACUCAGGAUUGUGCACUCAGAUCUUCAGAGAGGAGUUUGGCUUGUAUCAAGGAAAAGUCUUCAGCUUUGUUCAUCUGAGCAUUCAGGAACAUCUAGCAGCUUUAUAUGUGCACCUCUCUUGUGUAAACAACAAUAUAAAUGUGUUUGACCAAAUCAACAAACAGAGUUUGUGGUCUAAAGUUAAGGCCAGGUUUCUGCUAAAUUCAUCCGAUUAUGUUUCUUUAUCUGACCUGCACAAGAGAGCUGUGGAUGAGGCUCUACAGAGUAAAAAUGGACAUCUGGAUAUUUUCCUGCGGUUUAUUCUAGGUCUGUCACUGAAGACUAAUCAGAGUCUUUUGCAAAGAUUAAUGAAACAGCCAAGAAGCAGCUCUGACAGCAGUGAGAAAACAGUUGAGUACAUCAAGAAGAAGAUCAGGACCAUUGACUCUCCAGAGAAAUCCAUCAGUAUGUUCCACUGUCUGAAUGAACUGGGCGAUCGUUCACUAGUGGAGGAAAUACAACAAUAUCUGAAAUCUGGAAGAAUAAGUGAAGCCAAACUCUCUUCAUCUCAGUGGUCAGCUGUAGUUUUUGUGUUGCUGACAUCAGAGAAGAAGCUGGAUGAGUUUGAUAUUAAUAAAUUUGCUAGUGGAAACAAUAAACUGAAAGUUUUUCAGAAGCUGCUGCCUGUGAUUAAAGAAUCCAUAUCAGUUCAGUUGAGUGAUUGCGGUCUCACAGAUGAAGGUUUUGCUGCUCUGGCUUCAGCUCUGAGAUCAAACCCUGAACACCUGAGAGUGCUGGAUCUGUCUGGGAAUAAACUAGGAGAUUCAAGCAUGAAGCAUGAAGGAGAUUUGGGAGUCAUGCUGUUUGGUGUAUUACAGAAUCCUCUCUGUAAACUGGAGAAACUAGUUUUGAGUAAGUGUGGUCUCACAGAUGAAGGUUGUGCUGCUCUUGCUUCAGCUCUGAGAUCAAACCCUGAACACCUGAGAGAACUGGAUCUGUCUGGAAAUAAACUAGGAGAUUCAAGCAUGAAGCUUCUUUCUGUUGUAAUGGCGAAUCCUCACUGUAAACUGGAGAAGCUGGGGUUGAGUAAGUGUGGUCUAUCAGAUGAUGGUUGUGCUGCUCUGACUUCAGCUCUGAGAUCAAACCCUGAACACCUGAGAGAACUGGAUCUGUCUGGGAAUAAACUAGGAGAUUCAGGAGUAAUGCUGUCUGAUGUAAUACAGAAUCCUCUCUGUAAACUGGAGAUACUGCAGUUGAGUGAUUGCGGUCUCACAGGUAAAGGUUGUGCUGCUCUUGCUUCAGCUCUGAGAUCAAACCCUGAACACCUGAGAGAACUGGAUCUGUCUGAGAAUAAACCAGGAGAUUCAAGCAUGAAGCUUCUUUCUGCUGUACUGGCGAAUCGUCACUGUAAACUGGAGAAGCUGGGGUUGAGAGAUUGUGGUCUCACAGGUGAAGGCUGUGCUGCUCUGACCUCAGCUCUGAGAUCAAACCCUGAACACCUGAGAGAACUGGAUCUGUCUGGGAAUAAACUACAAAAUUUCAGUCUGAAGCUUCUUUCUACCAUACUAGCGAAUCAUUGCUGUAAACUGGAAAAACUGUGGUUGAGUUAUUGUGGCAUCACAAAAGAAGGUUGUGCUGCUCUUGCUUCAGCUCUGAGAUCAAACCCUGGACACCUGAGAGAACUGGAUCUGUCUGGAAAUAAACUGGGAAGUUCUGUUGAGAAGCAUCUCUCUGCUGCACUGGCGAAUCCUCACUGUAAACUGGAGAUACUCGGGUUAAGAGAUUGUGGUGUCACAUCUACAGGUUGUGCUGUUCUGGCUUCAGCUCUGAGAUCAAACCCUGAACACUUGAGAUAUCUGGAUCUGUCUCGGAAUAAGCUAUCACAACUCGUUUUGAAGCCUCUCUCUGGUCUGAAGGAUGAUUCACAUAAUAAACUGGUGAAACUAAAGUAUUGACUCUCAGUAUUUAGACUUCAGUCCAGUUUCCUCAGGAUCAGCUCCUACAGAGACACAGUCACGCAAUCAACAGAGACUCAAGACAGAGACACACAGCGAUCACACUCAAUUCACAUCACUGUAUUGUUUUUAUAUUUUGUGGGUCUGUUUUUUUUUAAGUACUGUUGUCAUUAAAUUUUCCACAAUUAUCUCUUUAGAGGACCUGGACUUGCUGUAUAAUUUAAGACUAAGUUUUGUAUAUGAUGGUCUGUGCAUGAAUGUUGAAAACCACUGUGUACAAUUUGGGAUGGUUUUGAAUUUGCUAGAUAUUGAUUACAGUACAGAUGCUGUAACACUUGUUCCAAAUUUUCUUGUUUCUUUGAUGGCAGAGUUUUCAUUCUUUUAAGUGACAAAAGUUGAACACAUUUUAAUUAACAAACCAUAACAAGAUAUGUACAGUGCUGUGCACUAGACAACUUUUUAUGGGAGAAAGAGAUGAAUUUUACAAUUACAAUAUUUAUGUAUUUAUUUAUUUUUACUUUAUUAUUUUACUUCAGUGUAAAUUGAGAUAAAGGUGACAUUUUACAUUAGAGAGCAUCAAGAGCCUGACUAGUGAACAGAAAUAUAUAUUUAAAAUGUUGCAUUUUGUAUAUAAUGUUUCCUUCCCUUUGCU